AUGGAUCCAUAUUCACACCAACUUCUGGGGAUUGUGAGGCUGCUUGAUUUUUCUUCCAACCGUGUGUCACCUUGUGAGCACGCAUGGCGCUCUUCCUCAACUUUUGACAUAUCAUGCAGUAUAUAUCUAUCUAUCUAUCUAUCUAUCUAUCUAUCUAUCUAUCUAUCUAUCUAUCUAUCUAAGCCCGCUCAUGUCUAUCGAUCUCAGACUGUAAUCUAUCUAUCUAUCUAUCUAUCUAUCUAUCUAUCUAUCUAUCUAUCUAUCUAUCUAUGCCUGCUCAUGUUAUCUGUCUAUUUGUCUAUCUAUCUAUACUGUAAUCUAUCUAUCUAUCUAUCUAUCUAUCUAUCUAUGCCUGCUCAUUAUCGAUCUCUGUUAUCUAUUUGUCUAUCUAUCUAUGUCUCUAAGCCCGCUCAUGUCUAUCGAUCUCAGACUAUCUAUCUAUCUAUCUAUCUAUCUAUCAUACCAAUUUUGCAAUUAUCUGUUAAUUAUCUAUCUAUCUAUCUAUCUAUCUAUCUAUCUAUCUAUCUAUAA